GGACUUGCAGGCCUUACGGCCGACGCUCCGUACUAAAGCGACCCGUGCGCCAGAGAAGCGACGCUCUGUCCUUUCUCUCAGUGCUCGUGGGGGUCCCUCUGGCUAAGGUCUCGGCUGCUCCGGGUCCUCCUACCCCUCACUCUCCGGGAAGAUGGCUGCCGUACGCAGGGCCCGCAGUUACUCCCGCUGCGUGGUGCGCUUCUCCGACCGAGAACUCUGCUAAGUCACCCUGCGGGGAGGAGACACGGACCGAGCAGGGGGGCAAAGACCCCGGACAGCGCCGCCUGACCGACUGCAGCAUGGCAGAAGCUGAAGAAGAUUGUCACUCUGAUCUGAUAAGAACUGAUGACAAUGAAAGGCCUGGUGAAGCAAAUCUUCAGGCAGAGCUCCAGAUGUUUAGAGCUCAGUGGAUUUUUGAACUUGCCCCAGGCAUGAGUUCUGGUGGUUUGGAAACUGUGUCAUGCGCAAGAGGGCCUGGAGUAAAGGCUGUAGAUACCAAAGGAAAGCAGGAGCUAGCAAAAGAGGAGAAGGCAAGAGAACUGUUCCUGAAGGCUGUGGAACAAGAACAAAAUGGGGCCCUUUAUGAAGCCAUCAAGUUUUAUCGUCUAGCCAUGCAACUUGUACCUGAUAUAGAGUUUAAGAUCACCUAUACAUGGUCUCCAGAGGGUGAUGGUGUUGGAAAGAGCUACAUUGAGGAUGGUGAUGAUGAUGGCAAGAUGGCUGAUCUUUUGUCCUAUUUUCAGCAGCAACUUGCUCUUCAAGAAUCCUCAGUCAAACUUUGUCAGCCUGAUCUUGAUGUCAGUCAGACUCAUAUCUCAGUGCUGCCUAUGGAAGUGCUAAUGUACAUUUUUCGAUGGGUGGUUUCCAGUGAUUUGGACAUAAGGUCACUAGAGCAGCUAUCUAUGGUCUGUAGAGGAUUUUACAUUUGUGCCAGGGAUCCUGAAAUCUGGCGUCAAGCCUGUUUAAGGGUUUGGGGCAGAAGCUGUAAUAAACUUGUUCCCUAUACCUCCUGGAGGGAAAUGUUUCUGGAAAGACCCCGUGUUCGAUUUGAUGGUGUGUACAUCAGCAAGACAACAUACAUACGCCAAGGAGAGCAGUCUCUUGAUGGUUUCUAUAGGGCAUGGCACCAAGUGGAAUAUUACAGAUACCUGCGAUUCUUUCCAGAUGGUCAAGUAAUGAUGCUAACAACUCCUGAAGAUCCCCAAUCUAUUGUUCCUCGUUUACGGACUAAAAAUACAAGAACUGAUGCAAUCUUGCUUGGCCAUUAUCGCCUCUCCCAGGAUACGGACAAUCAAACCAAAGUAUUUGCUGUAUUAAUGAAGAAGAAGGAAGAGAAACCAAUUGACUACCACAAAUACCGGUAUUUCCGCCGUGUUCCUAUACAAGAAACAGAACACAGUUUUCAUGUAGGUCUACAGCUGUGUUCCAGUGGCCGCCAGAGAUUCAACAAGCUUGUUUGGAUCCAUCAUUCUUGUCACAUAACUUAUAAAUCUACUGGUGAGACUGCAGUCUCUGCUUUUGACAUUGACAAGAUGUACACCCCUCUGUUUUUUGCACGAGUGAAAAGUUUUACUGCAUUUUCAGAAAAGCCUCUCUAAGAAAUACAUCUCUCUUCUUGCAACUCUUGCAUGAAUAAAAGAUAAGAGCAAAUGAGCACUUAAGUUUUACAUCUGUAUAUAUUUGAAACUUAUUUUAAAGUUCUGGGAAUCUUUUUGGAAGAAUAUAUACUGGUAAUAUGUUCUAUUUGAUUUAGGGUGGCUGGGUUUUUAUUGUUUUGAAAUCAAGCUUAUGAAUUGUUUUAAACAUUUAUGUUGUGAAAAGACUUUGAUAACAUGAAAAGUUUUUACAUGUCAUUUUUCAUACAGAGUUAUGAACCAUUCUCUUUAAAAUGCAAGUCUUCAUCUGCCUAUGCACCUUAAUGAUAUUUCAGUCCAGGAAGAAUUGUAAUAGAAAAACUUACUGUACACGUGAUUUAGUGUGUGCACUCGGGUAUAGGCUCCAAAUGUGAAAUAAUUUGUCCUCCAUCUGUUUAAAACUGUGUGUGACUUGAGAAGACAAUUUUUUUCUUUUAAAGUAAAUGCGUUUUGUUUGCCUUUAAGGAAUGACAAUACAUUAAGUGCAAACAUCAGUCUUCUGAAAAGCAAAUCAAGAGCAAAGAAACCUGAACAAGUGUGAAGUUCAAUCAUAAAAUUCAGCCAUAAAUGCACCAUAUGAUAAUGCACCAUAUGAUAAUGCACCAUAAAUGUAAGCUGAUCUUAAUAUCGGCCCAUUAGAGCCUACCAUCCCUGGGUGGCAGACCACUGUCAGGAGUAAGUCUGACGCAAGGGCCAUAUGGUGGUACAGGGAAGUCUCUGAGAGUGCAUGGUUCUGCUGGGAUGGUGAUUGUGAACUGUUCAGAUUUGAUUGCGCUAAUGAGAACAGGGCUCACUCUAACAUGUUUGUAUUUCGUUGCUAAUCCUUCAUCUAGCUUUGCUACAGAAACUGUAAAUUCAUUGGGCAUUUAACUUCUGGGGCUGCUACAGAUUUUUAGGUACCAUGUAUUGCUUAUCAUAAAAUAUAUUCCUUGGAUUUUCAUGCAGGCACUGUAUGUGACUUUGGAUUUUGGUGCAGAAACUGUAUGCUGCUUAUGAUAAACAUGUACUUUGGGUUCUCAAACAACUGAAGCUUCUACAUUUGUUCUCCUAAUUUCAUGUAAGAUUUCUUUUCUUAAAGCAAUUCCUUACAAAUUUAUCUUCUGAACAACUUAUUUCAAAAUACCGAUUAGGAAUUAAGAGGAUGCAAGUACAAAAAAGUUGUUAAAUGAACUUUAUUUGUUCCAACAUUUGUAAAGUGUACCCUCGCAUGGAGCUACACUGUUUAAAAAUACAUCAAUAAAUUAACAUUUUGCAAAUAAAUUAAUUGUUAUUUCUUAGUGACUUAUGAGUACAUUUACUUUUUUCACAUAGUAAAAUGUUCUGUGUUCAGUAAGGAGCCUGUACAACACACUUAUACUCAGUAAGGAUUACAUCAUGUUUCAAUAUGACUGAGAUUUAAAAAUAUCAGUUGUUUCAAAUCUCAGUUGUUGGUCUUCAAGACAAUGAAGUUCUAUUAAAUACAUAAAGUAAGAGUGCCUGUUAUGAAAUUAUUCAUUGUAAGGGUUAUGGUAAAACCUCCGAUUUUUAGAUUAUUUUUAGUUGGUCUGCAAAUGACAUCUGUAUGUAAAGAAAUACCAAUGUUUAACUUGUAUGGAAAGGGUUAAAGAUGUUAAACUUUUUAUCUAGGUGACAUUCAGUAGUUCUCAAUUUGGUCACUUAGUGAUACUUCAAGCUUGAUGCACAUAUAUGCAGUGUGUAAUUGUGUGUAAACUAAUCUGAGUCUUUAGCCUGUACAAUAAAAGCAGUCUGGGGCUUUAAAAACA